GAAGCGUGUGGAUUUUUUUUUAAUAUCACUUUUUUAGGUAUGAACGCAGCGUGCGUCUCAUACUGCGAUAUGACAUCGAUGGAUUCAUAUUAUAGCACUUCUACUGCGCAGGCUAGGGAGCACCAGGCGAACCCGUUCAGGACUUUCCCAAACACUGAAGCCAAAUACAGCCCCACGUUCAUCCCGGGGAAAGGGCAGCAGUACGGAGAGAAGCCCCGGAGUCCCUUUCAGCCCGAGUGCCAGUCUUUGGAUGGCGCAGAGGAGGGCGCGUUCAACAAGUCCUACCAGCUCUUCAUGCAGAGAUCGAGCUGCAAAACUCCGCCGGGUGAGGGGAGCAAGCUGCACCCGGACAGCGGACUCAACGGGACGCUGCUGCCCUGCUAUGGAAAAGACAACAGUGGCCUGACAGAUUCUGAGUUGCCCCCGAGCGUGGACCCUCCUGGUAUGGAAGGCAGCUACCUGAACCUUAAGGUACCUGGUGAAAAGGGUUCGAGUGAGCGACCGGGUUCGGACCUCUCAAGCCCUCUGGAUAAAAGUGAGGCGGAGAGCAACAAAGGCAAGAAGAGGCGCAAUCGCACCACGUUCACCAGCUACCAGCUGGAGGAGCUAGAGAAGGUCUUCCAGAAGACGCACUACCCAGAUGUUUAUGCCCGUGAACAGCUGGCACUAAGGACAGAUCUGACAGAGGCAAGAGUGCAGGUGUGGUUCCAGAAUCGCAGGGCCAAAUGGAGGAAGAGGGAGCGCUUUGGACAGAUGCAACAGGUCCGGACACACUUCUCUACUGCAUAUGAGCUGCCUCUACUGACUAGACCUGAGAACUAUGCACAGAUCCAGAACCCAUCAUGGAUCGGCAGCAGCAGUGGAGCGUCUCCAGUACCAGGCUGCGUCGUGCCUUGUGACUCUGUCUCCUCCUGCAUGCCGCCUCACCCUCACGCUCCCGGAGGCGUCUCUGACUUCCUGGGUGUGCCCAGUCCUGGCAGCAGUCACAUGGGACAGACGCACAUGGGCAGCCUUUUUGGGGGUCCAGGGAUGGGGGGAGGAAUUAACGGCUACGAUCUCAAUGUUGAUCCAGACCGCAAGUCGUCCAGUAUAGCUGCCCUGCGCAUGAAGGCCAAGGAGCACAGUGCGGCCAUCUCCUGGGCUACAUGAUGUCCCGGCCUGGUUCCAAUAUAACCCUCUUCCUGAAGCAGCCAUCAGCCAGCGCUGAGGGGUGGGAGGGAGUUUUUCUGAGAGCACUAUUGAUAAUGCAGGUCAAAUGAACAGGGAGAGACUGUGGAGAUAACAGAGGCCAAUACAGCAGCCAAGGCAACCGAGAUAACAGUUGUGACUGUGACAAUCAGCAGAUGCUGAAAGUGAGAGAUGUGCUAACAGAGGAGAUGCUCAUUUCUGAUUCAUUGAUCUCUCAGGUCUCAAUGAAAUAUGGGGUUUAGUCCUGAUAAACUAGGUUACACUCAUGAUAACAAUACAAUAGGCAACAUAAUAAAUGUAUGGUUACAAAAUAGUUCCUUUGAAAGCAGAACAGCAGUGGCAAUUUCAGCGCCACCAUAAAGCCCUUUAAUUUCUAGCUUGAUCCACUUUAUUUACAGUACUUUCUUUUUCAUUAGACACCAUUGUCCAGCACUUCUUUCAUUACUCUUGAUGUUUGUUUUACACUUCAUAAAUAUCAAGUACAUAUCAGAACAUCCGGUGUUUCUAUUUUAAAGUUAUUAGGUCACUCAGAGAGAGCAAGCUACGAUGCAAAGUUUUGACUUUCUGUUUUGUCAUUUUCCAUCAAAAAACAUACCGGUAAAACAAAUUAUAGGUUAUGAAAGAAACAUUAAAUUAAUCUUGGCCUGAAAUGAGCAGUUUAUGUCCCUGCAAAGACGGUCUGAGGUUGAAUGCAACAAGUGGUCUAAUUGAGCAAGAGCAGACGUGGCCUUUGCCAAUUUACCAUGGGAGUAAGAGGAGGAGGAGGAGGAGGAGGGCAGCCAUUGGAUUGGCAGCAAUUUCAAGCCAACGUGUCAUUUCCUCCCCAGGGCUGCCUCCGCAGGCUCCCCUGCAGCUCCCAAGCCUCAGGUUACAGGAAACUCGGUCUCCACCGGCAGACAAGGUGCAGUGACGCACAGCAGCAGCCUUCAACACCAACUAACAGCGCCAGCUUCAAUCAGCGACCAACAGGAAUAGACACACUUAAUUAGCAUCAAAGUGAGCCGACCUGGCCUGUGAACACCACACCAGAUCAAGGAGAACACGGCGAGGACAUGCUGCACACUGCUCUGAAUGCUGUAACAAUCAAUCCUUCGUUAGACGUGGGAUCAGCACAGAUGACUCCAGGAUCUGGAGCUUGCUCACAGAUCUCGUCACAUGCCAGAGACUGCAGGCCAAAUCAGUGGCCCCAACCAAGUGUUCUGUAAUGUUUAGGUAAUGCGAUGACAUUAGAGCUGGACUUUAGGAAUGUGGUGACUGCGUCCAGUGAUUGCAGGGUUGUCUCUGCAUGUUACCACGCUGGAAUAAGCUCGUCACCAGAGCAGGGCUGCCGGCCGAGGCUAGAGACAGGCUUUAUUAGUCUUUUGGCCGAUCUCUCUAUGACGCCUGCUGGGCUACAUAUCUGUUUUCUUUACCCCUGUGAGGAUGGUGGAGGCUUUUUUUGCCGCUCUGAGUAGCUGAGUGAUUGUUGUACUUGUGAAUGCCCAUUACAACGCUCCAGCUGGAGGGUUGGACUGCAAUUUACAACAGUUUUUUGUUUGUGAACAUACAAGAAAAAAGUAAAAAGAAAAAAAACAAUCAUAACAAUAAUCCCUUCAAUCCACCUUGUAAUCUUGAAAUUCCCUUCUUUGUUGUGCUUAACCCCAUUAUGGUUCCCACUGAACAAGGACAAUUUCUAUUACCUUUAAUUCAGGGCUAUAGAUGAGGAUUGUUAACUUUUACUGAUAUUGGUACUCCUUAUCAGUUUGAAUCCUUAUCAAUAACACUUUUAAUACUUUUGUUCAAAAGUCUGAUGUUUGGUGAAGACUAAACGACAAUAUACUUUUAACAGAAGUGGUAUCAGUGGAACAAAACUUGAAUUUACAAGGUCAUGAUUCCUCUGUUCCAUGUUUAAAAUUGCUGAAAAAAAAUCCUCACAACUGUAUUAUUUCAAGUUUCUCAGCCUCGAUUCAGAACACGCCCCCAUGAUGGUCAUUUUGAGCAAAUCUGUCCCAAAACCGGGCUUUAAAUGGUGUAGUGUGUGGCCAGCCUGAGUGAGCUAAUGAACAUCUAUUCUCUGGAUGAAUAUAUUUAACUAAAAGACUUGCUACAAAGUGUGGGAAUGCAGUUCACAGCUGACCUGAGCAGAUAGAGAGGAUAAUGGUCCUCCAGCAGCUAAAUUCAGUGUUAUAAAGAGCAUGCUAUUCCCAUUGCAGCUGGAUUAAAAAAAAAAAAAAUGUCAAACUGACAGUAAAAGCAUUUUGGUUUAAUUUGUUGGACAACUCUGAUGUACUUUGAGCUGAUGUUCCCCCUCAGCUGAUGCAAAGUUUUUGCAACAGUCAUGAGUAAGAAUGUGACGGUAUCAAAAUUUCACAAUUUUGACAAUGUUCAAUGAUACUUGUGUCCCUCGUUGCAUCCACCAUUUUUGCGCUGUGAGAUCAAGCCAGACAAUGUAGCUCAAAGGAUGAUGGGUACGCAUGGGCUGACAGUAACUGUAGUUCCCACUCCCGUUUGCUUUGUUCCAAUUAAAAAUCGCCUCUUUUACCCCAAAGGUCUAUCGUUUGAAACAGCCACGUCCAUAACAACAUUGAGGCAUUGUCACUGUGAUACUGUGAAACCAUUACAUCUGUAGUGACAAGAUAAAGUAAUGUUAUGUCACAGUACGCACGAGAUGUGAUAGCAGUAUCAAUGUUAGGAACGAGGUUUCGAUCUCCAUCCCUGUUCAGGAUAGAAAAAUAAGAAGCAUUUAAGUUUAAAGACUGUUGACUUUUACUCAUAAUGACCCAAGAUGGCUGCCAAAGAUAUGGUGCAUUUACACAUAGUAAAAACACUGAGGUAGUUCACAUUUUCUAUGAGAACUCUCUCAUUUAUGACAUGUCAUGCCAAACAUCGAGAUGGGGAUCGCACGGUUAACACCAGAUAUAAUUCUCAAAAAACAUGGUAUUGAUAAAGUUUAUCUGUGUCAGGGACAAUGUAGACAAUUACAUUAGUCUCAAAAAGAGAAAAGAUGCUUUGAACCGAUUUACUUUGCUAGUUAAUUUCCAUCUGUAGUGCCUGGACAGGUAAAUAACAACAAUGAAAUACAGAAUCAAUCAAUCGUCUACACACAUGUGCAUGUACACAUACACACCUUCAUUCAUGCAGCCACAAUACAUAUUUCAUAACAAAGGAGAGCAAAAAAUGCUUAUUAAAAUCUAAAUAUUAUAUUUUUCAUAGUUAUGAUUCAGAUGUAAGAUUAAUGCUGAUUCCUUAAAAUCCACUUUUUCACUUCUCAAUAGAAAUUAUGGAAAUCCGUACAAAGUUUCAGGCUGGUUGGAAGACUUUUCCAUGCUUUAAAAGAAAAAGCAGACUGUGCAUAAGCAGAGCCACACUUAGGAAUACCACAAUCUCCACGGGAGUGGUGGAGGAGCUGCAUUGUGGAUUAUUUUAUACACGAAAAGAACAUCUGAGCACAGAAUUAAAUGAUCAAAACUAAGCAUUUCAUUUUUAUCAAGUAUGUCACAGUGAUGACACUGUUGUGAUUUUCUGUCUAGAGGGUUUUCAGGGCUUGUUUGUGGAGUGACCUUACAGGUUUUAAGACAGUCUUGUUUGCUUGAGACCAACAUAAUAUACAGUAUAAUUAUAUAAUAUAAUAUUAUAAUAUACAUAAUAUAUAUAAUACAAUAGGAAAGUACUUGACCUUACAGGACUCCACAAAAUCUACAAGACUUGAUACCAGGGUGGCCAUCAGCCAAAAGUGGGCAUUUUUGAGCAGCAUCUGGUGAAUUUGCUCAACCUACCAACCACCAGGGCAGCUAAAUACAGGAGGUGUAACAGAAUGAUUCUGUGAUGGUAAACAGCAUAGACUGAGUCCUGGUUUCCUGAUUGUUCCUACCAAUUUUACGAUCAGAAUCGAGCAGCUCUCCAAGCUCACUGACUAAGAGCCCCUCCUCCCCCCCGUGUCAGAGUCCCGUUUAUUUCUCUCGUCUUAAGCCCAAGAUAAUUAAACAAGGUCUGGAUUACAGUGUGAGAUUGCAGGAAUUGUGCUCGAAAAUAUUAAAUUAUUGCAAAUUCGACACUCAUAGUGCAGUGAAAACACCGUAAAAACAGUUGACUUUAUUAAACAGCCUUUAACUAUAAUACUAUAAGCCUUGAUUAUUAUAUUAUAUCCCAUUACAUUAUACUGCUGGUUAAAAUAAAGUGGCUAGCAUGUAGGCAAAAAAGUUAAUCCCAUCCCUGCUUGAUAUGUUACAAUGAUACAACAAACAUAGCCCACAAUGAUAAUAUUGAUUGUUGAUGCUUGAUAUGUUGCAGGAGAGUCAUACAAUCAAGCAUCAAGUGACAAUUCACAACUCGGUGACAGUUUGAUCUCUUACCAUGCUUCUAACAUCUGCUUACUGGUGUCCAAUAUUAAUGUGCUGUCGUCUUUUACUUACGCUGAUAAACUUCCAAUCAUGUCACCCUUACUGAUGUCUUUAGAGCCACUAUGAUGAGUUAUGAAAAAGUGAUGCAAGAAGUCAAAUUACUAGGAAAUCCAUUUAGAGCAUUUUAUUUUUUUGACUUGAAUAUCAAUGUAUAGAUUUGCUGACUGUAUCACAAAAGUUAGGAUGAUAAUAAAGUAUAUAAUUCAUAUUUUGUCUCACUUCUUUAAAUGUCAGUAUGAUGUUGGAGCUAGCUACUUAGCAUAGCCGCCCACUACGACUUCCCAUGUUUCAUGGCUUUGAUUAGGGUUGCUUUCAUAACAAUACAAAUACUUUUACUGCCCUCAAAAGUGCCUCAAAUGCACAACUGUGUAUCAGCAAUCAUGCCUGCUAAAUGCACUGAUCAAACAUAACUAGUUUGCCACAAACUUAACUGGUUUGAGGGGAUUUUUUUUCUGCACUUACAACAGUGUGGUGUUAGCGGAGAGUUUAAUGCUUGUCAGAUUUAAUAAAUACAGUUUUCCCACCUGUAUCAUGCACAUUUUAUCAUCAACACAAGCUUUGAAAGGUGCUGGGUAUCAGCCAACACUUGAGUCUAGGUAAAGGAAUCAACAUCAGGAAGGUAAAUUGAAUUUAGAGCACCUUUGUUUGUCUGGUCUGUUAUGUUGUAGCAUCUUACAAUGUCUGCAUGUCUAUGGCACUCAUUUAUUGCAAGAAAAAUCUACUUUUAAAGUCCUGAUAUUUUUCAAGUCCCUUCAAUAAGAAAACAGAUGUCUGUUGUCGUCAUUUCUGUGAAUGGGGAGUAAAUUAGUUGACGACAUGACGAUUAUUCUGACAUGAGAGUUCCCGCUGUAAAUAUAUUUGACACAGAGGUUUCGCUGGCAGCAGCUUGAGCUAAUGGCAUGAAGCGAAAAAACAAAGGCCUCUAAAACAAAGGAGAAACAUUCUGAACUAAUAAAGACUCUGCUGGAUGUUGGGACAGAGAAAUUGAAAACAAAAUGUGGAGAUAAAAACAGGAUGUGGUCCAGUUAAAUUUAUGCAUGACUACAUGUGUUCAAUUCCCGCUUUAAGUCUGUCCUCUCCCUCCCCCACCGCUGUCCCCCCUGCAGCUCAGUCCAUGUUGAUACUACUGAAAUAAAGAAAUCCAUAGUUAUGUCAUAUUGUGUAAAUAUGAACAAUAUAAAGAUGUUGUUCUUUUGCUUGUACAUUUGUUUUGCUUAUUUGACAAAAAAUGGAGAUAAACCAAUGAAGUAUUACAGAAAUAUUGCCAUGAAAUGUAAAAUGUGUUAUUCUGAAGAGAUACUCUGAACUUUACAGAGGUUGAACAUGCUUUCUAAUUUUCAUAUGGCUUUAAGCAGCUUUUUGUAUAUUAAUCCAGUAUUUGUAUUUCUGAUUGUGAUGAUAUAUAAUGUACUAUUGCAAUAACUUAUUGCACUUACAGUGUUUCUGAAGGUAUUUCGUUUAUUGUUUUAUUUCUUUAGACAGAUGAGAGUGGGUUUUUGUGUCCCAGCUUUAAGGAAAUGUCACCAGAGUCUGUCCACAUUUAGCACCAUAAACAGCAUCAUAGAGAUCUGUUUUUAAGGUGCUGGACAUUUGUUUGUACAGAAGUUUCUUGCUGUUUUUGUUCAUGAAGGUUUUGAAUUGAUUUUGAA